UCUUUCUGUCUGUUUUACGUGUCGUAAAUUUUCUAUUCUUUCUUUUUUUUAUAAAUGCGCUAUAGUCGCAAAAAAAAAAAAGAAAAAGGUAAAAGAACGUUGUUAAAUAUCCUUCGAAUGUAAAUAUGUCAUAUUUUUGAAGAUGCAAAUGAGUGAAGAAACUUUCGAAAUUUUACUUGAUGUAAUGGAAAAACACUUUGCAGCUUUAAAACUUUUAGACGACGAACCUGAACAUAAAUUGACCAGAACAGUCAGUUUUUCAGAUCUACCAUCUAGAACUAGUAGAAUACUUAUUGAACAAUGCUUCCAAACUCCAGAGUCUCCUAGUUUAAUGAGGCAAUAUAGUUGUGAACAAAUAGUUAAUAAAGCAAAUAAUAUCAGACAACUAAAAAUAUCAGAAAGUUUAUAUACAGAUAAUACUGAACAUAGAAGAACUUGGGAAACUACUAUUCCUCAUAUAAAUAAUUCGGAAGGUAUUGAUUGGAAUUUAUACAAACCUGUUAAUGAUUUAGCUAAUACGAACAAACCUCAAUGGGAUGAAAUAGAGUACAUGGAAGUAGACAAAAUUGAUUUAUCAGAUCAUAAUAAUAAAGAAAUUGAUACUGUUAAUUUGAUUAGUCCUAUAGAAGUAAAAUCACCAGAAGAUAAAACUGAACAAAUAAAAGAAUCAAACACUAUCUCUGAGAAAGAAUCAUAUGAAGAAAUAAAGAAGAAAUGCCGUUCUCUUGUAUCAUCAAUCAUGACAAAAAAUAAGGAUUCUGUGCACUAUUGCUACAAAAUUGCAUUUUUUAUAUUAAUACCAAUAUUUGUAUUUUUGAUAGCUGCUUUCUUAAAUCAAGAGGAAGAUGUAAAAUAUACUUGCAAUCAUAAGCUACAUUUCUCCAAUGCCAGUAUUGAGUUACAACAAAAAAUUUAUGGUCAAAAUAAACUUAUACCAUCUUUAAUUGAAUUUCUUGAAACACAUAAGGCCUGUACAAGGCUCGCGAUACUUGUAGGAAGUACUGGAGUUGGAAAAUCUUAUACUAUCGACAUUAUAAGAAGAAAUUUUCCAAGUCAAAAUAAAAUUUUACAAUAUAAUUCGCCUUUAAAUAAGGCUAACAUAAAUGGGAUUUCAUCAUAUCGUUGUAAUUUAAUUAUUUUCGAAAACUUAAGAGAGAAUGAUAUUUUAGACGUAGUGAACCUUUCAACUAACAUAUUUAAACUAAAAAAGACUUGUAUCACUAUGUUAGCAGUAGUUAACGUAGAGAAAGUAAGUCAUAAUUUAGAUCGUACGAUUGAAUUGGAUGCAAAAAUUGAAGAGAUUACAGCUGUGUUUUCUAAAGCAAACAACGAUGCAUACAUAUUUGGAUAUAAGCCUUUAAGUGAAGAAUCCUUGGAGAAAUGCAUAAUGCAAGCAAUGAAAGAUAGUCGUCUAAAACUUAGUAAAGAUAAAAUACUGCAAGUGAAACAAAGUCUGUUGGUAUCUAAUAGCGGUUGUAAAGGUGCUUAUGCAAAGGUGCAGAUCAUUGGUCGAGAAUAAUAUUUGAGAAUAUAUCAACUUAUAACAUAUUAUCUUUGAAAUAACUAAAUAAGAAGAUUGAUUAAAAAAUACAAUAUGAUAUAAUAUUUUCUUAUGAUCCAAUACUAAAUUGUUAUUUUAUUAUAUAUAUUUAGAAAUUAUCAAACUUGACCAAUUAUUAUGAACUGUAAUUCAUAAUAAAAGAUAAACAUAAUAGCAAAUAUUCUGUCAUAAAUACGAUUAUUUUCAUAUAGUGAAAGCACGUUUUACAAACUAUGAUAUAAAUGUGUAUUCAAAUUUUAUGUUAUACUUUGUGAUUGUA